AUGCGCUUCAGCAGUAGGGACGGUACCACCCCAGCUCUAAGUCCUCCACCGGUAAACCCGACUGUGCUUGUCGUGGGGACAGUCGUCAUCCUCGUGCUCGGUGUAGUGGUCUUUAUCCUCCUCUGGGCAUGGUCUCGCUGUUAUCGUGUAAAACGGAGAGAGCAAGCGGGAGAUGAGAGCCAAACAGCUGUGUCACAAGCACUCUCCGCGUUGGAGAGGAUGCCUUCAGCUGCUUGUUCGACUUCCCAGCUCCCGACGUACGACGGGAAUAGGCCACCAGCAUAUUCGAGUGGGUCUUCGACGACGCGGGUGACGCGCGAGGGAGAGGUUGGGCAUAGCGCGGUGUGUUUGACCGAGCUGGAGAGAGUGUAUGUGACAGGGUUGAGGGCACCGAGUCUGAUCAGACAGAGAUCCCAGCCACCAGCUUAUGACGUUAGCCAGUCGAAUAGUUCCCCAUAG